ACAAACAACAGUUCUCCGCCUCUCCCAGUGAUGGUUUACAUACACCAUGGUUCGCUGCGAUGUGGAGCAGCUGGAGCGUACGACAUGAAGAAUCUCGCUGCCUAUGGACAGGUUGUGGUGGUGGAUUUCAACUACCGCCUUGGACCACUUGGUUUCCUUACCACGCUGGAUGUGAAUGCCCCCGGCAACCUUGGAUUCUUGGACAUGUCCAAAGGGCUUCAAUGGAUAAGAGACAACAUCCAGAGCUUUGGAGGAGAUCCGACCUGUGUUACAUUAUUCGGUCAUGGGGCUGGAGGGUUAGCAGUGAAUUAUCUCCUCCUGUCACCCCUAACCAGAGGUCUCUUCCAUAGAGCCAUCUCCAGCAGUGGGAACGCUUUGGUGACAGGUUCCUUGGCAAAGCGCAAUGAAAAUUAUUCUGACCCUCUUGUUGCCACUCAAGAACUGGCCAAAGCGCUGGGUUGUCCAACUGAUAAUAAUUUAAAGAUGGUGGACUGCCUCCGAACAAAACCAGUGGAAUCUCUUCUGGAUGCCCCAGUGCCUGGAAUAAAGUUUGCUCCUGUCAUCGAUGGUGUCUUCUUGCAGGAGCCACCUUGGGAUUCACUUCUAAAGGGAAACUACAUGAAAAUUCCUUAUAUUAUAGGAUUUACCAAUGAUGAGGAAGGAGCUGAGCUCGCUAAUCUUUUGGGUAAUGAUAAUGGAAUUACCACAGAGACUUAUCACAAAAUGAUGCUGGAAUACUCCAGUGCGCAUUUCCGAUAUAAUCCAGACCAGAUGGCAGAUGUCAUUGACUAUUCUUACAGAGACUUCAAUCAUCCAAAUGACCCAAAAGCUCUCCGAGAUGGCUUCAGAGACCUGGUUCAGGACCACAAGUGGUUAGCGCCAAGUUACCAAUUAGCAGACCAACAUUCAACCAGGGCAGACACCUUUCUGUACAUCUACAGCCAUCCUGCCUCCUCCUCUAGGACUUCUCCAUGGAUUGGUGCUUCUCAUCUAGAUGAUUUGCUUUACCUGUUUGGAGACCCAGUUGCUAAAAAUCCAACUCAAGAAUACAAUGAAACGGAGAAGCAAAUAUCUUUCAGCCUCAUGGCUUACUGGACAAACUUUGCACACAAUGGUAACCCAAACAAAGGGCCACACAGGAUACCGAAGUGGCCUAAAUAUACAUCCACCAACAGAGAAUUUGUAAACGUCACUACAGACGGAUCAGACUGGACAGGCAAUUCUUACCGGAGUCAACAAACGGCAUUUUGGAACAGAAUUGCCCUCAAAAUACAAUCCAAAGAUUGGUGUAAUAAAAAUGGAGAGAAACAUUUACCUGUGAAUAUUACAACCACUGCCAGACCAACCACCACCCAGUCUCCAGAACUAUGUAAUGAGGUUACACAAGAUAUUCUGUCAAUGAAACUGACCGCUGAAGAAAUAAUCACUGCAUUCUACGUUAGUUUUGCUCUCUUGUUUAUCGAGGCAUUCCUGAGUUUAGGAUUACUGUACAAAUUGUAUAUGCAAUGGAGUAAGUUAAGGAAAUUACAACGAUUGUUAACUCCAUCUGAAGUAUCUUUAAAGGGAAUUACUGAUGAAAAUACACAUUCAAAAUUUUGAAAACUCACUUAUUAUACAAAGCAUUUGGACUUUAAAUUAGGCCUUUUUAAGAAAAGUAAAAUAAUGGGAUUUAAAAAUCUGACCCAAAGAAAGCCAUAUCGUGUAAAACAGCAAUUUGGGUGAAUUAGAUAGCUGGUUUUCAUUCACUUUCAUUUAAGAAGAUUCUUAUUGAAACGGAGUAUACGAAUAAAAAUGUAACAAAAUAAA